AACUAACACUUGGAAAUUGUUGGCUGGCCCGUCAAGCUUCUGUUAAUGAUUGGGGAAAGCAUCUCUCAUGAAAAAGAUGCUGUUUCUGUGGAAAUCUUUUUAUGAAGUAACUCUUUACUGGACUUGAAAACAUCACUGUUGUGUAAUGAUCUCUGCUCUAAAUUCUGACAUGGCUGUUACCCAUCAUAGUUGAUCAUAUAGGGUAUGUAAUUGCCUUUUUUAAUACCCGGGAAGAAAAUUAGAAACUUGGUAUAUCUUCAUAUAAAAUAAACGAUGUUCUUUUGUAAAUUUUUUGCUGAAUAAUAUUGUAUCAGUUGUUCUAGCUUGUGAAAUUUAGAUACCAUUAUUUUUGUCAUCAUCGUCAUCAUUUUGUAAUGUUUGUUCUGCAUAUUUUUGUUUAUUGUUUUACUUGAUUUUUGUGCAGUGUAACAUGCAUUCUUCGAUGGGCUACGUACCGUGAGAAAGUUACUUGUCCUCAGUGUAAACAUCCAUUCGAGUUUCUCAAUAUUCAUCGCACGCUUGAUGGCAGCAUUCAAGAUUACAUGUUUGAGGAGAGUGUUUGUCUGCUACUCCGGGCCUCAUGGUUCAAACCUUUAUCUGUUGACGAACACGUGGUUCACGAAGAUGCAUACGAGGAACUAGGAGAUUAUUAUCAGUACGAGUAUGAGGACGAGGACGUGGACGAUGAUAUGGAUGAAGCUUAUUAUGGUGGUUCGUCAAGUUUUCGUAUCGGCAACCGCAGAUGGGGAGAUAACGGCUACGUUAGGGCUGGUCGACAAGAAGCUCGGCCAGUUAACCGAGCGAACUUCCAGGAUUCAGGAGCAACAGGAGCAAGUUCGUCGCGAGAGCCGAAGAAGAAAGAGGUUGGGAAAAGUAGCACAGGCAGAAGGGCAAAGAGAGCACAGAAAAGGGAAGCUGCUGAUAAGGCUGCUGAAGCAAAACAUCAGCAGCAUUUGGUAAGGCUGGGUAGGAAGUGAUUUUAUUUGUUAUGUGAGGUUUACUUUGAACUCUCCUUCCCAGAAGCUAUAUAUUUUCUGUCAUUAAUUUAUUUUCCUUGUACAUUCUGUGUUGUGUACCAUGAACCAUGUAAUAGAUCUUGGGAAGGUGUUUAGAAUAAUGGUUUGGUGGGGUGGUCGGAUCAUCAGUUCCAUGCUCACUAAAGCACUGAUCAAUUUAGGUUGUAGUUCUUUGUUUUACUUUUAAUCCAUGUCUAAACUGUACAUAAA